UUUUUUCAAAGUUUUUCAUUUCAUAUAUAACAGAAAUUAAGGGAGUCCGCAUCCAGAAUAACUAAACAAUUAUUUUUCAUCUAUUUGACGUUUACCCCAGUUCUUAGCGACGAAAUUAUAAAUGAAAAGUUAUUUUGUGAACUGCAAAUAAAAAUCAACGUUAUGCUUCACGUUUCGAAAGUUUUUCUACCGAAUAUUCUUCAUAAAUCAUGCUUUCCACGAAUGAAGGCACGUUUCGGAACAGGACCGAAUGCUUUUUUGAAACAAGAUUGUUUUGAAGAAUACUUCCAGCAGCAUCAUAUUCCAAUAAAUUACUUUCAAAAAUUAUUGUUAACUGUAGGCUCAGCUACCGUAGCUUUGGUAAAUCCAUACAGGGCUGAUAUGGUUGCUUGCUUAGGAGAAACUACAGGUGCUUUUGCGUUAACUUACAUGUUAUCCAAAAUGGAGAACUCUGAAGAAGGUUUAAAAAUACUUAGUGAAAGGCCAAGAAUUAAUACAGAUACUAUAGACGUGGCAAAACUGAGACAAUUUCCUGAAAAUACUUUAGGAAAAGUAUAUGUAAAUUUUUUGGACAAUAACCGUGUGACUCCUGAUUCUCGAGAUCCUGUAAAAUUCAUUGAUGACAUCCAACUGGCUUAUGUUAUUCAAAGAUAUAGAGAAAUACACGAUUUCGUUCAUGCCAUUCUUGGAAUGAAUAUAAAUAUUUUGGGUGAAAUUACAGUAAAAUGGUUUGAAGCAGUUCAGAAUAAACUGCCGAUGUGCUAUGGUGGGGCGCUGUUUGGGGCUUUGAAUUUGAAAGCUCAAGAUAGAAGAGAUUUACUGAAAUACCAUCUUCCUUGGGCUUUGGACACUGGGAGAAAUUGCGGGUUCUUAAUGAAUGUUUAUUUUGAGGAACGACUAGACCAACCAAUUGAUGAGUUACAUGCAGAACUUAAUAUAAAGCCUUUGAUUUUACCCCAUAGAAGGAAGUGAUUUGAACUUGACGUUAAUCAGAAAAUUAUGUGAUACAUUCUUGAAAACAUGAGCAAUUCUUUUCCUGCAUAGAUGUUUGUAUGUGUGAUGUCAUAUUUAUCACUUUUUUCCUGUAUAUAUCUACUUGAUCAUCAAAUUUCUUAUUCAUGUGAAAAAUUCAUCUUUUAUGUGACAAAUAGAAUUUCAGUAUUUU